AUGGGGCCCCCGGGCAAUAGGGGAUCAUGGGGCCCCUGUGUCCUUGCCCAAACUCAAAAAAACCUACAGAAAUUAUAUGUAUAUAUAAUGAUACGUGACACCAGUGUCCACAACAAUAAGUUAUAAACAUGCAGGUGAAUCUUGUGCGUUGUAGGCUCUGGUGAUGACUCUAAACCAGGGUUGGACUGACAACUCAUGGGGCCCCCGGGCAAUAGGGGAUCAUGGGGCCCCUGUGUCCUCACCCACACCCAAAAAGCCUAUGAAAAAGCCAAUGAAAGGUACCAGGAGCAUCUCAUGGGGCCCCCUACUGACCCCGGGCCCUCGGGCAGUGCCCGGGUGCUCAAAUGGUCAGUCCGCCCCUGCU